CGGCAAUACAGGUCUCCAUUAUUACUACAACAGCAGGAGCCGCAACGGCAUGUCCGCAGACCAGCUCGUCGGCAUCUUCCAGCAAAUGCACUCAGCUGCUGGCACUCAGUCAGUCGUGCCGCCGUCCGAAGACGUCCAGCGCAGUGCUCCGCUGCCAGAGCCGGGAACUUGGCCGCGACUUUUCCACCAGCUCAACUUUGACAACACGUUCGCGCGGCAGCUGCCAGGCGAUGGGAUUGAAGCAAACUACACUCGUCAGGUCCGCGGGGUGUGUUACUCGAACGCGGUGCCAACGCCGAGCACGAAUCCGAGGUUGGUUCAUGCAAACGCCGGUGCCGCCGCGCUCCUCGACUUGAAUCCAAGCGAGCUGGCAACGCCUGAGUUUGUGGACGUUGUUUCUGGCUGUGCUCUCCAUUCCACCGCCAAGCCGAUUGCGCUGACCUAUGCUGGUCAUCAAUUCGGCUCCUUUGCUGGACAGCUCGGUGACGGUCGUGCCAUCAGCUUGGGCGAGGUCGUCAAUCACCACGGUGAGCGGUGGGAGAUGCAGCUGAAAGGUGCUGGCAUGACUCCCUAUUCCCGAUUUGCCGAUGGUCGAGCUGUCUUGCGAUCAUCAAUCCGAGAGUACAUGUGUUCAGAGGCAAUGAAUGCCCUGGGAGUGCCGACUUCACGGGCCUUGUCGCUCGUUGUGACGGACGAAAAAGUUGUCCGCGAAACCGUCGAACCUGGAGCCAUUGUUUGCCGCCUGGCGCAAUCUUGGAUCCGUUUCGGCUCGUUUGAACACCAGUUCUACUUUAAACAACCCAAGGUCCUCAAACGCUUGGUGGACUACACAAUCACGCACCACUUUCCGAGCUAUUUGGAGACUGCCAUGCCCGGCGCGUCCGACGAAGACCGCUAUCUCGCGUUUUAUCGCGAGGUUGCACGCCGAACAGCACACACCAUUGCUCUUUGGCAAGCUGUCGGCUUUGUCGGCGGCGUUCUCAACACGGACAACUUUAGCAUUCUUGGUCUGUCCAUUGACUACGGACCGUUUGCGUUCAUGGAGGCCUUUGACGACGAUGCCGUGUUCAACCACACCGACUCGGAGGGAAUGUACGCGUACGGCCGCCAGCCUGAUGUGGGCCACUGGAAUCUGAGCCGCCUGGCCAUCGCCCUCAGUCCUGUCCUGGAGGUUGAGCGCGCAAGAGAGGUGCUGCUGGAGUAUCCCAGCAUGUUCCACAAGGCGUACGUGGCCAAGAUGAGGAGCAAACUUGGUCUGCUUGCUGCGUUGCCUGACAAGGACGAGUCGGACGCGGCGCUGGUCAAGGAGCUUUUGGAUGCAAUGCAGUCACAGCCAGGCACGACCUCGGGUGCUGACUGGACCAUCUUCUUCCGCACGCUCAGUGAAGCCGCCCCCUCGCUGUCCGCGACAGACGAGGCGAGUCAGCAGCAGAUCGAGGCCGAUUCCAAUCUCAAGCUGGCCACCACCCGCGCGCGCAAAGCUUUGGAGUGCAUGUUCCAAGAUGAGAAGGUCAGCAGCAAGUGGUCGGCAUGGCGACAAAAGUAUACGGCUCGGCUCGCGGAAGAUUCGACCGCGGUGCGCGAGCACUCAAAGCUUGGAGGCGGCCUGCUGCUCCCUGGUCUGUCAUCGAGCUUGGACGCUUCCUCGACCGCCUUGGCCAUUGGCCUUGCCCGGCGCGACGUGAUGAAGCAGCACAACCCAAAGUACAUUUUGCGCACCUGGAUGGCCCAGAAGGCCAUUGACGCAGCCACCGCCAACGAUUUUACCGUCGUCGACCAACUCUUCAAGCUCCUGCAGCGCCCGUACGACGAUCAGCCUGAAUUUGAUGAUGUCUACGCUCGCCAGGACACUGCGACGGGACCCGUUUGUCUGAGCUGCUCGUCGUGAGCCUCGCUUUUUCGACGCCAACUGCGACCACCACGAGUACAGCUGCAUCUUGUCAAGGACCACCGGGGGACUGGUGACUGGCCUCGCAAAAGAGGCAAACAUCGAGGCUCAACCUUUUGUUUUUGUUUCCAGCCAGCCAACCACUUGCCUUUGCUCGUUUUGUGUGUCUUUUUUUUUUUCUCUGUCCGCUGUUCUUUGGCCAUCAUCACCGUGAUUGAUUGCUCAUCAUCUUGACUUGGUUGAUCGAUUGACUGAUGCUCGGAUUUCGUUUCCUGAACCACUUGCACUCCAACUUUUGAUCAUUGUAAAAACGCA